UUUUCAUUCUCGAAGGUUUUCCUCGCCGAGUAACAUCGACGUCGUCGUCGCGCUGUUGCGUAUCGCGUAGCUCCCCAAUCCUAUCAGCAGUCAGUGCUGCUAUAUAGAGGAAAGGGGCCCUUGUGCGCACUGAAGAAGCAAAAUCUUGCCAACUUUGCAAAUGGUAAUUUUUUUUCGUACACGGUUGUGCAAAUAGUUGCUCUAGUUGGUUUAUGGUGAAUUGUGAAGUGUUAUUUGACUCCACAGCACAGGUCUUCGAUUAGAUUUCUAUACUGUGCUGCUACUGCUGCCCCUAAAGGUGGUGAUUUGUUUGCAAAAGUGUGAAAAAAAUUAGUUAAAAUAGGGUAAUUUCGACAGAAGAAAAAGUGAUGCAGUGAAUUCCGUGGGUGGAAGAAAAGUGCUGCGUAAAUAUUGUUACUCAAAAUACAGCUUGUGUGUUGAAGUUGAUUAGGCAUUUCCUUUAAGUGCGUUAUUUCAAAUAUGAGGAGCAAUUUUCAACCUUUAUCAAACCGAGAAGAGGUCAAUUCUGUGGACACCAUUAGCCAUUGUUGUUGUGAUUGUAUGCACUACUAGAUUAUUGAUGUGUCUGUCAGCUGCACUGCACAAGAAUGGUGAUAAACAAGUUGAGCUCUGGAUAAAAUUGUUAAUUUACGUGAAAGUAGUGUUUCUCAACAAAUGAAAAAAAAUAUAUUAAUAAGUGUAUUAGAAGUUGUUAUAUAAGCUGAAGUUAGUGCUAGAAAAGUGUGUAAUUGUGAUAAACAAUUGAAUAUUAUUGCAAGAAGUGAGAGUUUUACUAUAUAUUUGAAGCAAAUAAGUAAGGAACAUCAUAUAUACCCACAUCCACUGGAUGUGGCAUAGCGUGCAUCUUAUUCCCCCUGCAGUCGCGAGUUUGACGUGGAGGAAAGAAUCUGUCAUUCCACUUGCGAAAGCUGAAACAUCAAAGCAUGAAGCCAACGGAACCAGAAACAACCGGAAAAAUAAUACGGUUGUUACAUCAGUAGGGGUGCUCAUUUGAGAGUCGUCGGGUCGGAAAAGAUGCAGCACGUUUUCCCGUCGGACAAACCAUCUUCACGAAGCCAAUGGAUCAACUAUCCGAAGCAGACGAGUAAUCGCACCGCCGAAAGCUUUUCGCUAGCAUCGAGAACAAGCCGCGGCAAAGUAUUCCUCUUGCAGCUCCUAGAAUGGCCGGACGUCGGCAUGUCAUCUUGAUACUAACCCAGCUGUUGCUCAUUGUACGUGUAGCGGAUCAGACAAAAUGCACCCUGACGUCGACCUACAGCAGCAGCUUCGGCAGCGGCACCAGCAACUCUCCAAUCGACGGCCUGCUGGCGGUGGCGGAGAGAGCCGACCAAGCAGGCCCCCAGCAGCUGCCGUUAUCUGACUAUCCAACCUACAAUGAUGACAGCGAGGAUGUACAUAGUUUUCUGAAAGUGUUAAGCUGUUCCGAUACAAGCUUACGAACGAUUAACGACGAGUACUUGCGGCCGGCAAACUCCUACAAAGGAGUGCUAUUGGAUCGAGUAUUGGUCGAAAAUCCGGCUAGUGACUUUCUGUCGUUCAAGAAUGAAAACUACCUAGAAGCGAUUCGAUGGAGUGAUAGUAACGUUACGGAACAGCAACUGGAACUGACAUUCGGGAGACAAGACAAGAGAUAUACUAAUUUAAUCAUACUAGAUGUAAGCGGAAAUCAGCUUAAAAGUUUAAGACGAAACUAUUUUAGCAAACUAGAGAGAUUAAAACUGUUGAAACUAUCCGAGAAUCAAUUAUUCAAUCUUCCAAACGAUAUUUUCUACGACUUAAUACACUUAGAGGAGCUGCAGCUGCAGAACAACCAACUGAACGAAAUUGUUAUGGGUCUCCUGCGACCGCUUAAUCGGUUACGGCUUUUGAACCUAUCGAACAACACAAUACAUGAUCUUCCACGGAACAUCUUUAAUGGGUUGAACAAUCUAACAGAGCUGUACUUGUCCAGCAAUCGACUGUAUGUGGUGCCAUUUCAAAUCUUUAAAGAAUUGCGAGCGUUGGAAGUGCUGGAUGUGUCCAACAAUAUGCUCGUUUCGUUUCUGGACAACUUCUUUCUCACCAACAAGCAGCUGCGCGUAUUAAGACUGAAAAACAAUAUUAUCGAGAAGAUCUCGAAGAAUGCCCUGUACGGCUUGAAAAAACUCCAGGUAUUGGAUCUCUCCUCGAACAAGCUGGUAUUCAUCGAUCGGAAUGCCUUCGACACCCUAGAAGACCUUAGACACCUAUACGUCAAUCAGAACCAGAUCUACAUACUCCCUUCGACAGUAUUUUCGGCGCUGAAAAAUGUGCAGUCGAUCAACCUGAGCAACAAUGUGAUGCGUACACUUCCGAAUUCCAUCUUCUCCAGCCAGUACAAGCUGGAAAGACUUUACCUAGAUGCCACCAACCUAGAAACGUUAAGCAACUGGAUUUCCCGCCACAAUAAAACCAUCAACAAGGACAUUCUACGCAAUUUGCGGCACCUCUCGAUCCGCAACAACACUCGCCUAAAAGAGAUCGAACCAUGUGUUUUCCGCAACGUUCCGAACCUGGAAACUCUUCUACUAUCGAACAAUAGACUGACCAGCCUGCCGAAAGAGAUCGGUGAGCUAACCAAGUUGCGCUACCUGGAUGUCGCCAACAACGACAUCAUGUACAUUCCGGAACAGAUCCGGAACCUGCACAUGUUACAGGAGGCCAACUUUCUCAACAAUGACUACGGUUGUGACUGCCACAUGUACUGGAUUUUGGGGUGGAUCGAUGAUUUACAGGAGGAAAAUAACACGCAGAAAAUCUACGAUUUACUGCGCCUAUCCGAGCUCAAGUGUCGCAACGGAUACCCGGGAGACAUCGUUCGGGUGUUGCAGCACAUCAACUGCUUCAAACCGGAACUACUGCAAUCGUCGGACAGCAAGAUGCAUCUGCUGAAAUCGGACGCCGUACUUGAGUGUGUCUUCACUGGCAAUCCACCGCCCGACAUAAUCUGGAUAACACCGAAAAAUGAAAUCCUACGGCACAGCCAGGAGCAGGAGCAGAAAUCGCUACUGUACGAAUCGUCCGGCUACACAGGGUCGAACAAGUACCAGCAGUCGGUUGAGUUUCAGAUGCUGACAACCGAUAACGUGACUGGCGUAGGGCCACUGCCGUAUAAUUCGGGCAUGGGUAUUACGCUGCUGGAGAAUGGCUUCCUGCGGAUUCAUAAUAUUUCCAGAAGGGACAGCGGCCUGUACACGUGCUAUGCUAUCAAUAUUAUGGGGAAUGCCACCGCAGGAAUAAGAUUGUACAUCGAUCCCAUCGUGUUCUAUCGGGUGAAAAUUGGCAGUAUCAUUACCGGUGCCAUUUCGGCGGCAACCUUUCUGGCGUUGACGCUGAUUUUCCAGGGAAUCCGGCGGGUGUUCAUCCGCUUCCACAUUAUCGAUUUGAUCUGCCAGAACUGCUGCAGCUACUGCUACCGGAGCGACAAAUCGUCGUCGAAGGCGCGCCAGAUCUAUGCCAUGCUGGAUAACAUCGAGCACUACAAGAGCCAGCAGCUGGAACGGCUGCGGGAGAAUUACACUCAACAGGUCCAUCGCAUCAAGGAUAAUUGCGCCCAACAGGUGGAUUGGAUCCAGGGCAGCUACUCGACCCAGGCGAAACACUUGCGGGAGAUACGUGAUAUCGGUACACAUCAUUUGACUACCCUGCGGGAUCAGUAUUACGAUCAGAUACAGUACCAGCGCAAAUGUGCCGACCCAAGCGGUCAGCUUUUAUCGUUACAGGAGGGUGUGAUUGAUGCUUCGCUGGAAGCGGUACGCCGUGUCCGGGACUACUCGACCGGUCAGCUAAACUGGGUCCGGGAGAAUUACGUUUUCCAGCGUAAUAAGAUUCGCAAGUUCAGCGCCCACCAGGCGCUGCGGCUCCGCGAAGGCUACAAGUAUCAGCAGCAGACGUUGAACAAGGUGUUGGAAAAUUUGCCCAGUUUCUACUUCGAAAAUUGCCGGGGUCGAAACGAGGACGACGAGGAGUUUGACGGUUUCGAAGUCUACCUGAAGGCGAAAAUCGAAAAGCUCUCGCAACUGGACCCAGCAACAGCGGCAGCCGCCGCGGCUGCUAUCGCCAAUGCGGCUGCGGCCUCGAAGAACGGUGGCCACCAUCUGAAGUAUCUGGAGAACUAUUCCACCAAGAGUGUGGACGAAAGCAAGGCGUCGGUGUAUUUCACCCCGAACGAGGGCCACCUGAGUCCGGAACCGUCACUGCAGCUGCAGUUGUCACCGAUCCACAUAAACUAUAUUAACGAUGGUACGAUGAUUCCCGUGGAUCGCACCGCAAGCGGUGAAAUUGGCUUGGAGGAUACACCGCGUUCGUUCAAAUCCGUUGUAGCAGGAUCCACAGUGGCCGAAACAAGCGCAGCGCAGGCGGUGCGAUCGAUUCUGAAGCCAUCGGGCAAAUUCGCGUACGAUAAAAAUAUGUACAAGUACCGGAUGGGUUAUCAGCCCAAUCGGCUAAGUGGCGGCUAUGCUUGUGACGAGUUAUUACCAAGUGUGCAGUAUAACUGUUAUAACGACGUGAUGCAUGGCGCGGAUUCGUGUGAGGAUGAGACAACUUUCAGUCUCAAACGUAAGAGAAACCAUAAGCGCCGAAGAAAAGCGGGAGGUAUUCCGGCAGGAGGCAAGCAAUUGUGUGAAUAUGAGACGCUGUUGAUGAAAAACAUCUCCAGCGAUCCCAAAGACUCGCACUAUAAUAUAAUACACGUAAAUAAACUUGGCGGUGGGCCUGCACUGAGUGGCUGGGAAAGUGGCUGGACAGCUGGAAGGGCCGCUAACAGAAGAAAACCACCAAUGACAAACGACUAUUGCUAUUCUCUGGAGCAUAUGAUUCAAGACAGCAACGAGAAGAUUCGCAAGCUAAUAUACGAUUCUAAAAUGGACAUUAUGAACGAGAUGAUAACAGGGAAUAGUUCUAGGGAUAAGGUUAGUAGUAAUAGCACGAGUUACAAGAGUAAUUUAAACAUAGACAACAGCGAGCCCGAGCGAAGUGCGCCGUCAGCAAGCAAGCAGAUAUCUCUGAACGUGCCUACGACCGCUGCAGCAGGGUCGGUAAUGGCAGCCAGCAGUAGUAGCAAUAGUAGUAACAACUGUAGUAACAACUGUAGUAACAACAAUGGCCAGGGUAAUGGCAAUCACGGUAGUCGAGAGUCCACUUCAACAGCGCAAAACCUCAAUUACCAGCAGCCUUUGAAGAAAAUCCACAAACUUCAUUUCGAUUCCAGUACAAAUCGUAUUCAGCAGAGCACCAGCCUUCCAGAGAUCUUCUGUGGUUGCUCUAAUUCGAGCUCUAGCUCGAUGUUGAUGCACUGUUCGGUAGGCAACCAUCAGCACGCCACGGGUUCUAACAAAUCCUCCAACCAGUCGAUCCUUCAACAGCAAACACUUUCUUCUGCAUCAUCGUCCGGCUCGAACACGAUGACAACACCCCCGUAUUCCUCUUCCAUUCCAUAUCAUCAGCCCAAGGUGCACGGUAAGCACGUGAUCCUGGCCGUGGAAAACGAGGCGGAAGGAGAUACGGAAGAUUCCGUACCGUCAUCACCAAAGCCAGAAUGUAGCGGUAGUGGUAGCAAAGCUAAUAGCAAUGCACUCAAUGUAUUUAUUUAAGCGGUGAAUUUGUUUUAGUUACUGUAGUAGGGAGUUUGCGUUUCGGUCAAUAGUCGAGAGGUCCGAUUCUUCGAACCGGUAGUGGGUCGCUCAAGCAUAUUCAUCAGUAGAGUCAAGGUUUUAUGUCAAGAGAAAGAAAAACCAUGUUCAACUUUUCCUUGGAGACGAAACAGUUUCCAACACUAAGCUCAUAAUUGUUCUCAUAUAAACAACUGCUACUGUAGCGGUUUUGAUUUCAAAACUUUUGAGAUUUUUUUUCUUUACAUACUACAUAUUUUGCUUAGAAAUGUUAUGUUUUCUACCUACUUUGGUUUUUAGAAACAAAGAUUGGUUUUUUAGUGAGUACAGUCACGUGUUAAAAUUGUCGUUGGUGUGUUGUGUCCCAAAAUGGGAACCUUUUCGGUUCAAAAACGUUCCUUUUGCUUAGAAAAUUCAUCAUGUGGGAGAACAGGAAGAUAGGGUUGACAGAUGAACUUUUAAUAUAUAAUCACUACACGAAGUAUUUGGAGUUCUUAACUAGACACUAGAUUUAUGUAUUAAAACUAUCCACACAAGAAAGGGCGUGGUUAUUAUGCCAUGACAAAGUAGCAUGAGAGAAGCAGCAAAGUGUUAUGCAUGAAACCAGCCAACAAAAAAAAAUAAAUCUAGCUGCAAACAAAGCAGUGAAUAUUAUGAGCAAGCAGCUGAGUAGCAGUUUCAAUUUCAGAAUCUUUUAAAGAAAAAAAAGUUAUGAUACGAAAACACUCACACGUGCGGAGCAGUAAACUAAUGAUAACAAAAAAAGUGAAUAUUAUUAUACAACUAAUAUGCAAACCCAAGAGCGAAAAGAAGCAAAAAAUACAAUAAAUUACACACAGAAACAUUAACUUCAUUGGACAUGAGAGUAGAAGACAGAGGAAAUAUAUCAAAUUUAACUAUCUUAAUAACAAAUGCA